GAUAGCGCUAGUGCGCUACAAUUCCGAGUGUUGACUCUAUAUCCUAUAUAUAAUAUACUCUAUGAUAUAAAUAAUUAUAAAAUAUGGUAAUUCGUUCGUUGGUGUUGUGAUGUUGUCAUUGUAUUUUUGUUACUCCUUAUGUUUUUUUAUCUAAAACAUAUUUAAUGUCAAGCAUUGUAAUGCGGUGGUAGUACAUAUGUAUUCUUGAGAUGAGAAAUAUUUGAUUAAUUUAUAAAUAUAUAUCGAUGCAACAAUGUCUACCGAUAUAAUUGAGUUGGGUUCGUCUGAUGAUGAAAUGGAACCGGUACCGAAAAAGAAAAAAGUUAUGCCAAAUGCUAUGGUUAGAAUUCCUUCUCACAGAAAACUUCCAGGCGUAACUAUUAAACCUGUCAAAGCCAAGAAAGUUAUACCGAAUGUAGGAAUAAAAAAAACAGUUGCAAUCCCUAGAAUCAGUAUUAAUCCACUACAUGCUAAGCAUACAAAUUCUAGAAAUUCACUUCUAAAACCAAUCCUGAAAAAAAAUUGUACUGCUUCAGGAUCUUUUCCAAAUAUAACCAAUGUUGAUUCUUCUAAUCGAAUAGGGUCAAAGUUAUUAGGAAAAUUACCAUCGAGCAUUACUGUUAAAAAAGCGACAGUGUCUAAAACUGUAAGCAUACCUAUACAAAAGGCCAAGCUGGCACAGCAAAUAGUGCUACCAGCUGAAAUUCAUAAUAAACCUAUAUUAUUACCAAAACCACUACCACAGUGGUAUAAAAAACCGGAAGAUUUAGAAUCUGAAACACAUUUGCAGGUAAAAGAAAGACAUGAUGUAGAUAUAAUUUCUAUGGAAGAAAAGAAUAACAUAGAACCUACACAACUUAUAGAAAUAACUAUUGAUGAUAGCCCAGUAAAAGUUUCUACCAUCAAACGAACAGAAGAUACUGCUAUAAUGAUUGAUGAUAGCCCUGCUAAAGGUGCCUCACGUAUGAAAUGUGACUUAAACCAACAAAAAGAAAAACAAAGUAAAAAGAUGUUGAACUAUGAAAAUAUUAAAAUAGUGAAAGACAUUGCGGGUAUGAUAGAAGUUGAAGUAGAUGCUAUUGAUGUUGACGAAUUAAGAAAUGAACCAUUUGGCACACAAUCUAAGAUUAUCCAAAACAAUAAACUUCAAAAUCACAAGGAUGUCAACAUAAAAGAAAACCAUUGUAGUGAAAAUACAAGCAUAAACGAGGAAAUAGAAUUUGUCAAUGAAAAGAAACACAGAGAUGAAAUUGAAACACAAGUACCUGAGAAAGAAAAGGUUAAAGAACCUGCCAACGAUGGUGGUGGAUUGUGGAACAAGGAUGGUGAAUUUAAUCCCAUAUACCAAAAAUUCAUAGAUACUUGUUUCCACCAUGAGAAUUCUAAUGAUAUGCAGUAUAUUGUUGAAAAAAAAAUCAAGUCUUAUUAUAGGCAGUGUCCCAAAGAAUAUGUAGACUCUGAAGAGUUUUUAGAUUUAGUAUCUGGUAAAAUUAUAGCUAUAGAAGCGUCUCCAAACAAAAUGUAUCUUUACAUUAGGGAUGUGGUGAAUGAGUUAAAUAUACAAAGAAAAAUGGCUAGGCCAGGAACUUCAUCAAAAACGGAAACAUCUGCAGAAUGUCCAGCUAUAGAUAUAAGUGAAUGUGAUGCAAAACAUCAGAGACAUAUUAAAAAACUUGAGAAGACAUUAACAAAACUACACAGAGCUAUUCAAAAGUUGGAGGAACAAGAAGUUGACUUUGAUGAGGAAGAUGACUCAAUAUAUUUACUAACAGAGAGAUAUAAAGAGAGGUUACUUCGUGUUCAUGCAAAGUUGUGUCAAUUAACACAAACCAAGAUGCCAUCUGAGCCAUAUAUUAAGCUGGAAACUAGAGCUGGCCGGCCAAAAGGACCAGCAGCAAGACUUGAGAAAUGGAUUAAUAAGAAAGUGCCCAUCGGUAAACCACUGCCAUUCCCCGAUUUUCAUGAUGUACUACGUUGCGUGAGAGAGGCAAAUGCUGAAGAUAAGUUGGGCUGGAGCGAAACGGAAAUUUUAGACGAAGCACGCGAACUAUUCAUAUUUUGUGGAAAAACACUAAAGAGACGGAGACAAGAAAAUGAUUGGAGAAUAGCUGCGUCACGGUUGCCUGUUAAUGAAGAUCCUGCUGAAAAUGAUGAUAAGCUUAAAAAUAAAUUAGACGAAAAUAAAAUGCUGGCAAAACGUAAUGAAACUGAUAUUUUAAACAAAUAUGUUGAUAGGCAGAAUCAGCUUAAUUUGGAACCUGAAGUUAUCGGCGAUAAAGAAGCGGAAGAGUCACCAUUUGAAAGUGAUGAAGAGGAUGAUAUUGAUAGCAAUAUUGUACCAAUUAAGAAAAAGAUAAAAAUUGCAAAGGAAGAAACAAAUGUUGAGACUGAUAUUUCAGUAAUGGAUUCAUCUAAUAAAGAUGAAUCUAAUCUGUUGAAAAAAUUGUAUUCGGAAUCCGAUUCUGAUUCGCCAAUUAACCUCACUGAUUCGGACGAUGAACAUAAUUCUCCUACAGUGAUUAACAGUGAUGUGAUCAGUAUUGAAGACUCAAGUUACUCAGAAUCAGAAAAUUGUGUACACGAACCCGAUGAGUCUAACAUCUGUCCUGUUCAAAUGGAUAUUGAACUAAGUGAUGAUUCGAUUAUCAGAGACGACGAAAGUAACAAUAAAGAGUAUCUCACCGUAGAUAUAACGGAAGAUAUUCAAGAGCUUUUAACUAUUAAGAAUGUGAUUGAACAAAAUAAGAGUCUAGUAAGUCCAAAAGACAGCUCAAAUAAUGUAGAUAUAAUUAAUAAUGAUGAUAUUGAAAUUAUAAAUGAUACUUCAAAUCAAGGUACUGAAAGAGCUGCAACUAUUGAGAUCAACAACGUUGAAGCCGUUACAACAGAUGAACCUAUUGAAAAGAGGAAUUCGUAUGAGACCAAAACGAUGGUUAAUGAUACUGAUCAGUUAAAUUACGGUAAGAUUAAAGUAAAAGAUAAGCAAACCAAAAAAUGUGAGGAAAGUAUACCUGAAAUGAUGACUAAACAAGUUAAGGAUGAAUCAAACAAUGUCAAAGUUACUAGUAAUAAUCAGCUCAUUGGUAAAGAGAAGUGUAAUACUGAAAAGAAAAACUCAGAUAUAGAUUUGAACGUCGAAACGGCAUCUAAUGAUGUUGCCACUACGGAUAAACCAUUUAAUAUACCUACGAAAAUGGAAAUGACAAAAGAACACAUAGACGUGGAAAUAAAUGUUACUGACAUUAUACGCAAGAGCAAUACUGAGAUUGAAACAGUAAAGAAAACUAAUAUUGAAUCGAACGAUGGUAUAUCCCUGAAUGUAGAGAAGAGUAAUUCUGAACUUGAAAUACCAAGUACAUAUACUGAUUUAAAAAUGACGGAGUCAGAUGUAAGGACACAUAAAAAUAGAGAAAUUGUAGACGAAGAUAACAUUGAAAUGACGAUUGAGCAUAUAGAUAUAAACUUGAAGAACAGAGAUAUUAAAAUAACAAGUAAUAAAGUUGAUAAUGAAAUAAAUGACAAAUUUACAGAUAAAUCCAUUCGUACAGAGAAGGAUAUUACUACGAAAAUUAAUAAAACUGACUUAGGUACGGAUGUAAAUGUUCUGAAACUUUUCAAUGAUCCAAUGUCAAAUAACACUAUAGAUAAUAGGGAUUGUAAUGGGGACGUUGAAAUGGUAGACAUACAGUGUGUCGUGCCUGUAAAUAAAGAAAAAAUGGAUCUAACAGCGACUGUAGCUAAAAGCAAUGUCGGAACAAAUUUCGUUAAAGAUUGUUCCGAUGUACAAUUAAAUAACUCUGAACCUGAAAAAAACUAUAAUGAUACUAAUGAUCCAACAACCAAAGCUGCCAGUAUUCUGAAUAAUGAUGAAAAUUCAACUAUCAUUUCAGACAUAUGUACUAAAAUUAUUGAAAACAUCGAAAAUGUAACCAAUAUUAAUCACGGCCAUGAGAAUGUUGAUGGAGAUAUGGUUGAUUCCUUAAAUGAUUAUAUAAUGCAUGCUGUAGAAGUUCCAUUUAAUACUGAAAGAAAGCAGAGAGAUAACUUUAACAAAAAGGAAACUGAAGUUGUCCCAAAAUCUAACGACGAUUGUGGGAAAUUAGAAAAUAAUAUGUUGAUUAUCGAAAAUUGUUCAAAUCACAUUACAGAAGUCAAUGACACAAUUGAUAAAAAACAUGAAAAUCCCAAAAUGAUGGAAGCACUUUCUGAUAUUUAAAAAUAUUAUAAAACUGAGACUGAUCAGACGUUGAUUGAACACAAUAAAUAUAUAUAGACAUUGUUAAUUAAAUGUAAUACCUUUAUGGAUGUGGACAUUUUACUGAAUAUAAUUAUUAAGGCUUAUAAUUAUUUGCUAUUAUGUGACUUCAUCACAAAUUAGCUCAAUCAUUGUAUAAGUUGUAGUAUACAGGUAAGUUUAAAUUUUCAAUAUAAUAUUUAAAAUACUGUGUAUUUUUUUUUCGAAAAUAUUCCAUACGACCCACGUUUUUACACACGACAAAUUUAAUGACAAUUCAUGACAAGUUUAUAAUUAAAUUGAUAUUUUUUUCUUUAUAAAAUAUUGGGUUCGUUUAGGCUUAGAUUUCAUAUCCUCGACCUCUAAUGAAAAAUGUACUCCCCACAAUAGUGCCUAAAAGCAAAAACAAAUGUGCUGGCAGAAAUUAAAUUAAAUAUUCGUCAA